CUCCAACAACACGAACAAAAUACUGUUAUACUGCAAUCACAUACAAUAAAACUCAGAAUACACAUAGCAUCAUUAUCACCAUGUCGAAACUAUCGUUUCUCCCUCUCUUACUUGUUUUGUCAGCCAUAGCCUCGGCUCGCCCAAAUAAGCCGACUGGCCCGGCAGCCGUAACAACAGCAACAGCAACGAUCGCCUACAGAAUGUGCGGUGGUCUCGUCUCAACGCCUACUCCUUGUCCUGACAAUUACACAUGUAUGGAUGAUCCCCGUGUUGAUGGCUGCGGCAUGGCUUGCGACAUGCCAGGUAUCUGCGUGCCAAAUGAUGCCGCAAGCUGCGGAGGUAUCGUUGGCAAGCAGUGCGACCAAUGCACAGGACUGCAGUGUUACGACUAUCCCGGCGAUAGUUGUGAUCCGAGCAACAGGGGCUUUGACUGCAUCGGAAUCUGCCUGUAAUGGUCACUCAUUUGAGUGUAGAGUUCACGUACUGAGAGCGGAUGAUAUCACAGCGAUAUCCCUGGUUAGAACUCUCACAGGCCAUACGCAGUCUUUUAAAUUUAUCUCAACUAUAGGGGGAAAAUGGUUCAGUGCCUAGCAAUUUGCUCGUUGGAGGUCAAUCCGGG